UUGAAACCAAACAUGUUGUCUUGAAUAAGCACUGGGGUGAGACAAGAAGGCAACAGAGAGGAACGCUUUCAUUUAGGGAACAAAGUCAUUUGGCUGUUGAGGAAUAGCUGAGUAAGCUGAUGGUGUUGAUUCCAGAGAAAACAAGCGUGUGGAAGCUCAUGAAAAUGCACGCAAAGCCAGUCAAGCUCUCUCCUCCAGCAUGGCACUUGUUAAAGGCAGAUACAGGAAGCAGAAGGAGUAGCUCUACUUUCAGGAGCGAAGGGUGGAAAAUUGUGCAGCUCCCUUUCUGUCUCAGCAGGAGAAGAGAUAGAAGAACGUCAGGAGCAGGAGUAGGGGGGGCAGCUGGAGGAACAGCGAGCGGAAGCAGCAGCAAGAGCGGCGCUGGGCCCCCCGACCCGCAAGUGACGACUGGCGAUGAGGUGCAAGCGUGGCAGGAUGAUUCUUCCCCUGUGGCUGUUGCGGUGGAACCUGUGGAGUGUGGAGGUUCCAGAGCGCGCGGUGCCAGGCAACGGAUCCUGAUCUGCGGCCACAGUUAUGUUUUUUGGGCAGCCCAUCAAGCAAGACGGACUUCUGUGGGGUCGCAGCUUGGAUUGAGCGAGAAGGCUGUGUUGGAGUGGCAGGGUCGCCGUGGCCUCAGGUGGUCAGGUCUCUUGCCCUUGCUGUUUGGAUUGGGGUGUGAGCCCCCCCAUAUCCUAGUUGUUCAUUUGGGCGGCAAUGACCUGGGGAUGCUCCAGGGUAGGGCGUUGUCUGCCCAGGCGCAGGCUGAUUUGCGCCUUAUCGCUGAGAGGUGGCCGGGGGUGCUGAUUAUAUGGUCAGCAAUGGUCCCUCGUUUGGUUUGGAGGGAAGCUGGAUGCCGACAAGCCAUAGAGAGAGCGAGGAUGAAGGCCAAUCGUGCCAUUCAGAAGGCUCUGGAAGGAGGGUUAGGGGUGUAUUUGCCUCAUCCUAGGAUAAGGGCCGAGGUGCCGGGCCUCUACAGGGGCGAUGGGGUGCACCUUUCGGAAUUGGGCAACCAAAUAUUUUUGGACGACUUGCGGCAAGGGCUACAGCUGGCCCUAGAUUAUCAGUGGGGCGCCAAGGCCUAAGCAGAGGCUUGACCUUGGCGUUGGCAGGUUUUGGGUAGUUAGGGUGCGGGCCGGUGAGCACCCUUGGCGCUUCCCCUUUAGUGGGAAGAGGGGCCUGCCUGAAGGGCUGGUACUGCUUUGACGGCUGCCAGUUGCAGGGGCAGGCUGCCUUUGGAAACCCCAGCUUGCGAGUCCUUACCUCACUGCUAUACGGCUGAGGUGUUAGGAGCUUGAGAAGGGGGUGACCACGUUGCCUGGCCGGCCGGGUCCGCGCCGUCCUAGGGAUGGGUCGCACCCGGGGCUUCGGGGCUCGCCCAGACAGGUCAGGGCGGCGGUCCGGGGGACCCCGUGGCCUGACCUGUACCGCUUUAGGCCCUUGCCGCUGUGUGUGUUAAUGUUAAUAUGUAUAGUUAAUAAAGUGGCCCUUAGUUCCAACAAGGUGUCUGCCUCUUUAUUCCAACUAGGGUGGCAAUUCGGCACUUACCCGGCAGGCUGUGGGCCGGUUAGCCGGGUGCCGUUAUUGCCUCCCUGGAAGGAUUGAGGCAGCACCGGCUCCUCCCUCCUUCCUGGGAAAAGGCUGCUGGGCGGGGCAGAGCGAGAGGGAAGAACGUGCUCUGCCCGGCCCAGCUUCAGUUGCGGCUCGUCGCUUGGCCCACCCUCCUCUCCCAGUAUCGGUGCAGGAUUAGCCGGCUGCUGUGUCAGAGUCAGGUAGGAAUUUUUUCCUCCCCUCCUGAAUUGGCGAAGUGGAGAGGGGGUUUUUCGCCUACCUUGCACCGGUAUGGGGGAUUGAGGAAUUUGGCUGUAGGGUGGUGCCAGUUAGUGUGUCCUGGCAGGUUUUGGGUAGUUAGGGUGCGGGCCGGUGAGCACCCUUGGCGCUUCCCCUUUAGUGGGAAGAGGGGCCUGCCUGAAGGGCUGGUACUGCUUUGACGGCUGCCAGUUGCAGGGGCAGGCUGCCUUUGGAAACCCCAGCUUGCGAGUCCUUACCUCACUGCUAUACGGCUGAGGUGUUAGGAGCUUGAGAAGGGGGUGACCACGUUGCCUGGCCGGCCGGGUCCGCGCCAUCCUAGGGA